GCAACGCGGCAGCGGAUGUAGCAGCAGCGACGAUCUCCAGUAUUCUGGCAACCAUGUAGCGCUGAGCGCUAAAUAUCGUCCCUAUAUGACUAAAAUAUGAUGUUCUUGUCAUUAUUCACGUCAGGAGCAAAUACCAGAGCAUGAAAAUGUGUUUGUGAGGAGAACCGGACUCUCGGUCGGGAACUAAGGCGAAGGAGUCGACCGUGGAUCCGCAGCCUGUACGGAGGAACUAUCUAACCUCGGUUGGAGGGUUCAGGGGAGGGUCAUCGGGGUUUUCUUCGCAUUUAUCAGCCUGUCGGUACUUGAUUAUCAUCUUUAAUGGAUCAGAUAAGUGUGUUUGACCCUCUGGAGCAGGGUUUGUAACGUUAGCGGAUACCGGGGCCAGCUUGUAGUUCCACCAGGUCUGUAUCCGCGUUACCGCCCCGUUUUUUCCGCUUUCACUACCACUAAGAAUAAAGCGUCUGGAGAGGUUUGGCUCAGAAAACCUGCGUCCACAAUGGGGAAUACAACCUCCUGCUGUGUGUCGUCCAGCCCCAAACACCGGAGGAGCAACCACUCCAGGCUGGAGCCCUACCGGCCGGAGCCGGAGCUGAGUCGUGAGGACACGGGCUGCAACCUCCAGCACAUCAGCGACAGAGAGAACAUAGACGAUCUGCCCAUGGAGUACAAUCCUUCAGAUUAUCCCCGCGCCAGCACUAUUUUCCUCAGCAAGUCCCAAACUGAUGUUGUGGUGCCGAACAAGCGAGUUCGAGAAAAGCGGAAGAGCCUUUACAUCAACCAUUUCACACAUAUUUCGGAGAAUAAGCAUCAUCCAGGCGCAGUCAGACGGAAGUACAGCUCAUGUUCCACCAUCUUCCUGGACGACAGCACCGUCAGUCAGCCCAACCUUAAAUACACCAUUAAAUGCGUUGCCUUGGCGAUCUUCUACCACAUAAAGAACAGAGACGUCGACAGACGGAUGCUGUUAGACAUUUUUGAUGAGAAGCUGCACCCUCUCUCGAAGUCUGAAGUUCCUCCUGAUUAUGACAAACACGACCCCGAGCAGAAGCAGAUCUACCGCUUCGUCAGGACGCUGUUCAGCGCCGCUCAGCUCACCGCAGAGUGCGCCAUCGUCCAGUUGGUGUAUUUGGAGAGGUUACUGACCUACGCUGAGAUCGACAUUUGUCCCGCCAACUGGAAGCGCAUCGUGUUGGGAGCGAUCCUGCUAGCUUCUAAGGUCUGGGACGAUCAAGCGGUCUGGAACGUAGACUACUGCCAAAUUCUCAAAGAUAUCACUGUGGAGGACAUGAAUGAGUUGGAGCGUCAGUUCCUGGAGCUGCUGCAGUUCAACAUCAACGUUCCAUCCAGCGUAUAUGCCAAAUACUACUUUGACCUGCGUUCCCUGGCCGAGGCCAACAACCUCAGCUUCCCCUUGGAACCCCUCAGCAGGGACAAGGCGCAGAAACUGGAGGCCAUCUCACGGUUGUGUGAUGAUAAGUAUAAGGACUUGAAGAAACUCGCCAAGAAGCGGUCGGUGAGCGCCGACAACCUGACGGUGGUGCGGUGGUGUCCUGCCAUCAUUUCCUAACACUGGCUGCCUGCAGAAGAACAGACAUGUACUGGGUCAGACCCGGUAGGCAGCUGUGGGUCUAUCUGGAGAACACUUUGCACUCGCUCUGGUUUUUGUACAUAAAGAAGUCCCUCCGGCUGCCUGCACUGAACCAAACGGACCUGAGCUGAACCAAACAGAAGUUGGAAUAAAGAUCUGAACUGCAGAGGAAAGCAGCCAAAUGGAGCUGCAGAUAUUUCAAUGUGAAGUUGGGAAAAGCUUAAAGAACAAAAUACAAGACAUCCAUAAUCCAUAAAUCUCUUGAGGUUGAGGGAGGCCGUGUACAUUCCUUUAUUUCUAAUCACUCUGCUGAAGCAUGACGUGAUCGUUUUGUCAGCCUGUCAGCAGUUUUCAUCGCUCUGUUCCUCAGUUUGGUUGUGUUUUGUUGGUUUUUGUUUUUUUGCAUUCCCAUCCGAAUGUACAAAAAGACACAUGUACGUUCCAAAGUUAAGUUGAGACAAACAUUCAUACAUUUCACUGGACUACAUAUCACCAACUCCUCCCCUUUUCUUAAUAAAUCCACUGAUUUUUCAUUGAAAUUUCUGGCUACUUAACUGAAGUUAUCCAGACAGCUGACAGAGAUGGGAUGGGAAAACUUGGAAACUUCCAGUUGCACAAGUCAGAUAAAGCAAUAUUCAUCCAUCGCUUUGCUGCUGCGAUGAUGGAAGAUACCUGGGAAAAGACUGACCUGAAUACAGAUACGAGCCAUACUGUAGAGCUUAUGUUGUACUUCAGUCACUGCCAUUGUCCUGACCUGUGGUGCCUGUAAAAAGCUACAUCAAACCCCUCUUCUCUUUCUAACGGAGCAAAACAUAGAAUUCUAGUGUUUUUUUUUUGUUUUUUUUUUCUUUACAUUUCUAUGGUUCUUCCAGUUCAAGAUAAAAUAGCACAAAUGAAAAUGUUGACCCUUAGAAGCCACUAAUCGCAUGAUCCAUCAGGGUUGUUUUUGUAGGUCUGAACGGGACCAAAACAAGUGAAAAAGCGUUGACUGAAACACUGCUUACAGAAUGAGAGAUUGUAUUCAUUGUUCUAAAUUGUAAAUGGUAAAUUUACCUAAAUUGUGGUUGUACAGUGUAAAUACAACUCCAGUGUGGAAAAUCUGUAGACUGCAGUCACUCUUUAAAAAACAAACAAA